CUUCCAUCUACAUCUGAGUAUCAACAUUAUCCUGACGGUACUUGUACAUUUCAAAAGCACGCUGUCAGAAGUUGAUACCUGGAUCAGCACUCGCAAUGUACCAAACAAACCAGGCUUAUGCGCCAACGCCUCACAGCUACAUUCCGAAUACCACACUCUCGGCAACCAUAAAUCUGGAUGAGGUUCUACCAACUGCUCGAGCGCCUGUACUCCUAGUCUAACAAUACCGAACAGGAAGUCAAACUCGCCGAGACUAGAGCUGAACGAGAUCUUCAAGACUCUCUCGCAGAAGUCUUCAGUAUUAUUAUUACACUGGACGAGACCGAAAAGGCAUACCUGAAAGAUGCCAUCCCCGAGUCCGACUACACGGAGAUUUGCGGUCGACUGCUGAAUCAAUACAAAGCAAUUCUCGCCGACGAGGCUGUGGCUAGGGAAUUUGUAGACUUGGAAACCUUUAAAAAUGAAUGGGACGUACGUUGCUACUAUCUUGUACGGCACUACCUUCAAUUGACCUUCAUCAGAUGGAAGUGCCGAGAGCGACAGAGCGGAUUAGGAUUGGCAUGCCCAGUACGACGACUGCCACUUCAUAUACGGAGGCUGCCCCAAGCACUGGUGAGAGUAAUGGGAAGCGCAUUCUUGAAGCAACUCAAGAUUUCAUUACCUUUCUCGAUGCCGUCAGAUUAGGCCUUCUUGCUAAAGACCAGCUGCACCCAUUAUUGAGAGAUGUCAUUCAAAGUGUUAAUAAGGUCACGAACAAUGAUUUCGAGGGUCGGGGGAAGAUUGUUCAGUGGUUAAUUACACUCAAUCAGAUGAAGGCUACGGAAGAAGUCAGUGAAGAUCAAGCAAGAGAACUGGAGCUGGAUAUGAAUGCCGCAUAUCAAGGGUUCAAAGAAACUUUGAAAUGAUAGGUCACCCAGUCACUUGCAAAUCAAAUCCACCAAAACACCAACUAUAUCACUAUCGUGAGAAAUUCAAGGUUUUCACACAACCCACGCUCGAGACGAUCCAAGGAAGAGGGGAGCUUGUUAAUUCAGUGCAUCUUGGUAAUGCAAACCGCAGAUGAGGAGGAAAGCCACAACGCCAUUAGAGGCCGGAUUAUCAAAAGGAUACCACAACAGUAUAAAGUUUAGGUAGGGUAUCAUCGUUGGUGGAACACUCUAGACUAAGAAUGUCCAGAAACUAGGGUAUACAAAUUCAUCCUCAAAGAUGUGUCGAACUUGUUCCAACACAAAUUUUUCCACCUUACCAACGUUCUUCAAAACUUGCUUGCCAUUCUCUCUCUGCCCUAUUUCGCUUUCCACCUUGAUUUCGUGGAGCAAUCCACCCAUUUUCAUACCUUUGGAAUGGGGGUGGCGGUCUUCUGACUCUGCUCCAAUUGCCGCGUAUGCGUCCUCUGGGGAAAGAAAACAAAAGUGUGCCCUUUUCCGAAUGUAUGCAAGAACCGCAACUCCAUCGAAUGAGAGGCCUGUAAUGUUCAGCUUGACAGGUAUGCCUACAAAACUAGGCAUAGGAUAGUCUAGCAGUAUUUCGGCUGUCAAUGAUAGCCGGAUAUCGCCGGAAUAUCGAACACGGAACACCGUCUGCAAAUCUUCGACUCUGGGCUCUCGAAAUCUCCUGGGCGGCGACGAGGCCUCUUCCUCAAUGCUUUCUUCUUUAGGUCCAUCCCUAGUCUGAGGUCUGGUUGUGGAAGCUGAAGGUGCUAACGUGGAAACACUUGCGCGCUCUCGGAGGAGUUGGGAUGCCACGUCUACUGUGGGUGAAGGGGAUGGAGAACUUCCGCUAUGCGUGUGACGAUGUCCCCUACCAGCAGAAGGUAAUCUUGUGUAGUCAGGCCAGCCGUGGGGAAGAUGUGCCCCAGCAACAGCAGCGAGAGGUGUUUGCGUUCCCGAUAAUCCAGUGGCAAGCUGGGAAUGAAAGUAGCCAAGGUUCGAAGUUCCUCCGGGAAUACCAGGUGUACUGACGCCCAAGAAAGGGCUUCCUAGGUCUCCGGGAGCCUGGCCUGUUCUUAUUCCCGAUAAUCUUGUGUCGAUAUAUGAAGGAGAAUUGGGAACAUUUACGGGCUCAUUCUUCCUUUCCGACCGGUCUAGUCUGCGCUUCUCCCUUAGACUGUCCUGCUGUUCACUUUUGGGUUGCCACCCUUCAUCGCUACCUUCCCCUUCUUCCUGGUCAUCAUCUUCCGUCUCCUCAUAAAAGUCGGGCAGGGGGUCACAUAUGUCCUUGAUCUCAAUCUCUGGUGCCACUUUGCCAAAGUCAAAAGCAUGAACCUUGACGCCUUUGAUAAAACGAGGCAAUGUCACCGUCUGGAACUUUUCGUGAACAAAAUCCCGGAUCGUAUCAGCCAAGGCAACUCCAUCCGGACCGGUGGUCAGAGCUUCCCAAUUUAGUUCAAUGGACAUCUCAAAUCAUAGGCCGCCAGACCACCAGAUCACCAGACCAAGGGAGAUGGUUGGGUGUAUGAGAAUAUAGUCUUAAGCAGUUCGGAUUGUCGACGCGCAUGUGAGCAAGGAUUCAGAGUAGGUAUCGUCUAAAUUAGGCGAGAGGUUCUGGGGGCCAUUGACUCAGGCAGAAAGUUGGACUUGUUAAUUGAAUGCCUGGAGGUUGUGUUGGUAGAGGUGGGUGUGAUGUGAAGCUUGGUUGAUGCGUUCCAUGUGGAUGGGUCGUUGGUCUCGUAGAAACCGUCUGGUUGGUCGCUAGCGAAUGCACGGGCCCAUUGUAGGGCGUUCUUGGCAUUGACUGCCUUACGGAUGUAAGGUUUGGAGUUCCGUCGCUAACCUUGAUCGUAGGCAACACACCAUACCAAGUCUCCAAAUUCCUACACGGCGACUUUGAGAAGAUUCAAUCGAAAGCAAAUGACCAGCAAGUCCCUCGCUACUUGGGACUCGACAUAACGUUAUGCCUCUGUUUAUAUUUCGACCGAGAUCCGAGGGUAGACUCCGGCAGAUUUCAGGCCUUGUUUACAAGUCGUCAGUUUAUAGUUCUGGGGAUAGCUCGCAUACACAGCUUGGUAAUGUAUAAAUACUCCUCCAAGAUUGUUGCUAUCCCAUCUUGCCCACGUUUAUGGCGCAAGUGUUUGGCUCGAUUGCAAAAACCAAACCAACUUUUCGACCGUUGGCUAGCGUCAUAAGUGAGAUCCUAUCGAUAGAGCCAGGCUGGCCAGCUACUCCUCAUCUACCAAUUUAUUUAUUGAGUAUCUGAAAAUUGAUGCCCGAGGAACAAGCAGGCAAGGUAUGGG